AUGGCCAUCUGGCAAAACAUAGGAACGUAUUUCUGGGGUUCCCCCUCGCAGCAGUCUGCUUCCUCAGCUGAUGGUCAGCCGUUGUGUCUCACCAUCACUGCGUACCGCAAGGAAGGUCUCACUGAAGAGGAGUACCGUAGCUAUCUGACUACCAAGCACGCUCCGUUGGUGCGGCCACUUAUGGAGCAAUACGGUCUGUUGAAGUAUACCAUUACUUUCAAUACCAACUCUUCACGUAAACUGAUGGGCCGGCUGUUCGACCCUCAGUUUGCCAAUGUCUCCGACUACGACGCAAUAAUCCAGAUUGUUUUCAAGGAUGUCCAGGACUUUGUCAACAUGAAGGCGAAUCCCGAGUACAAAAAAUAUGUGAUUCCUGAUCACGAACAUUUUGCCGAUACCAAGCGAUCAAAGUAA